AUGAGUGUCUCCCUGCUCAGUCACACCCGAUCCCUGGGUAUUUUUUCUGGGCUCCUGCAAGUGGCCUUCCUGCUAGGCCUGGUGUUGCUGCUGCUCAAGGCUGUCCAGCUCUACCUGCGCCGCCAGUGGCUGCUCAAGGCUGUCCAAGAGUUCCCAUCACCUCCCUCCCACUGGCUCUUUGGGCACUACAAGGAGUUCCAAGAGAAUAAUGAACUGCAGGUGUUACUAAAAUGGAUGAAGAAAUACCCAAGUGUUUGUUAUCGCUGGCUAUGGGGAACAAAGCCCCAACUUUUGAUCUACAACCCUGACUACAUGAAGGUGAUACUUGGGAGAUCAGACCCCAAAGAUGUCAGUAUCUACCACUUACUGAGUUCCUGGAUUGGGUAUGGUUUGCUCCUGUUGAAUGGACAGCCCUGGUUCCAGCACCGGCGCAUGCUGACCCCAGCUUUCCACUAUGACAUCCUCAAGCCCUAUGUGGGGCUCACAGCUGAUUCUGUGCGAGUGAUGCUGGACAAAUGGGCAGAGCUCAGCAGGCACAGUGCCCCCGUGGAUGUCUUUGGACACAUCUCCUUGAUGACACUGGAAACCAUCAUGAAGUGUGCCUUCAGCCACCCCAGCAACCUGCAGACUGACAGGAAGUCCCAGUCCUACACACAGGCCAUCGAGGACCUAAAGAACCUCUUCAAUUCUCGGAGGUGGAACAUUUUUCACUAUAAUGACUUCAUCUACAGACUGACCUCCAUGGGCCGCAGCUUUUUCAGGGCCUGUGAGCUUGCCCAUGAACACACAGACCGUGUGAUCCAGCAGAGGAAGUUACGCCUGCAUGAUGAGGGUGAGUUGGAAAAGAUCAGGAAGAAGAGGCACCUGGAUUUCCUAGACAUCCUGCUCUUUGCCAGGUCAGAGGACGGGAGCGGCCUGUCUGACAAGGACCUGCGGGCGGAGGUGGACACGUUCAUGUUCGAGGGUCAUGACACCACAGCCAGCGGCAUCUCCUGGAUCCUCUAUGCAUUGGCCACACACCCCGAGCACCAGCAGCAGUGCCGGGAGGAGCUCCAGAGCCUGCUGGGGGAUGGCGCCUCCAUCACCUGGGACCACAUGGACAAGAUGCCCUACACCACCAUGUGCAUCAAGGAGGCGCUGCGUCUCUACCCGCCCGUGCCUGGUGUGAGCAGAGAGCUCAGCUCACCUGUCACCUUCCCUGAUGGGCGCUCCCUACCCAAAGGAAUCUCAGUGGCCCUGUCCAUUUAUGGCCUUCACCACAACCCAAAUGUGUGGCCCAACCCAGAGGUGUUUGACCCUUCCCGGUUUGAACCAGGUGCUGUUCGGCACAGCCACGCAUUCCUGCCCUUCUCAGGGGGCUCCAGGAACUGCAUCGGGAAGCAAUUUGCCAUGAAUGAGAUGAAGGUGGCUGUGGCGCUGACCCUGCUCCGCUUUGAGCUGGCUCCUGACCCCUCCAGGGUUCCUAUUCCCAGUCCUAAAGUUGUGCUGAAUUCGAAGAAUGGAAUCCACCUCUACCUCAAGAAACUCCCUUAACAAUGUGGGGUCACUGAUGGGUGAGAGGGCCUCUUGCCUGCUACUCUGUCUACUGUCACCUGCCCCUUUGUCCCUUUACUGAUUUCUUCAUUUUGGUGUAUGUGUUGGCCUCAGAGUUUGGGGGAUAGUGCAUCUGUGAUGCAGUGAUCAGAAAGCUCAAGGACCCCCUCUGGUGACACUCAGUCAAUCUCGCUUUAAAGUUGGAUCUCAGAUGUUGGAUAUUAAUCCUAAGUGUUUCAGGCUUCAUCAUUGAUUAGCCCCCCGAACUCCAAGAAGCUUACAGUGCUCUUACAAGUGCUCCUAUUGCUAUGAGUUUGUCUUUAACCUUUUCUUUGUGUAUUAAAAUUCCCCAAGUCAGGCUUGGUUAUUUAGGUGGCUCUGGACUUUGUAGUGAAUUAUUUGCUUUUCUUUUUCCCCAAUAACUUUUUAUAUUUUACUAUAGAGCAAUGCUCUUCACUUAAAAGCAGAAAGACCAUUAAUGCUAUGCCCCUAGUAUUUGGGAGUUGAUUGGCUCUCAAAUAUAUCUACUCCUGGGCAUCCAUCAUAAUUAUUUGACUCAGGCUUCGGUUGCUGAAGUUCCCAACACCCCAAAAGGGAGCUCCUGCCGUGGGAUUGGGAUGGACCCUGGACGAGCAGCAAAAAUAUCACAUUAUGGGAAUGGGACAGUCUAGAAAGCAUAAAAGCACAGUCUGAAUGCAAGCUGUUUUGACUUGAGACAUUACUCGCAUGGGGAAGGAAUAGCCAAACCUCCCUGAGGACCUAAUUUGGAAUUUACAUAGAAACCUCAGAGCCCAGAGAACCAAAUUUUGGAAUCUAUAUAUCUUACUGUGUUUAUCCAAGUAACUGCAAUUAUUAAUAAGAUGUCAACUCAAUUGUUUAAUAUGUACAACCAAACGGAAAGAGAAAAGCUAUAUGGAAGUUCCUGGAAGACAGAGUGUCUCCUUGAGUUAAUUUCUCCAAGAGAAUUGUCUCCGUCAGAAUGUUUUACCACUGUAAAUGAAAAUCACACCUAUGUGCAGUCCUAUA